AUGGCCGACAUCCACGAGCGCGUCGCCGCCUACCUCGACGACCGCCUGCAGACGCACGCCGACCUGCACCAGCUAGAUGAGCUGCUGUCCAACAUCCGCACCCAGCACGGCCUGCUCCAGCAGCAGCUCGAGCAAGCCGAAAAAGACGCCCAUGAUGCACGCAAGGACGCCGACGACCACCAGCGCCAGCUACGUCACCAGCAUGAUCAAUUCGAGCGCGACCAGCAGGGCAUUGACCGCCGCCUACGCAUAAUCACCGCCUCCGACGCCAGCGACGAUGCCGUGGCCCGCUUUGAGCAGAGCAUGGCCAAGCUGCACACACUUGACAUUGCCGCCCGCUACACCCAGCGGCUGAAGGAAGUCGGGGAGCUCAGCAACGAUUCCGAUCACGCCCUCAACACGUCCGGUGAAGCAGCGCUUGCAUCCUACCGCCAGCUCAAGACCCUUGACGCCAGUCUGCAGCCUCUGCAUGAGGCAGCUGAGGGCGCCGCUCCGCACUUGAUCGACCAUGUUGCUAAGACCACCCAGCACGUCCGUGGACAGCUCCGGGAUGCCUUUUCCAAAGAGUUGGAAGCUGCAUUGAAGAAGAUAGAUUGGCCCAAGAGACCGGAGACGACCUUCCUUGGUUCGCUCCAGGAGCAGUGGGCAUCUGCUGUAGGCAAGCUGCUUGAUUUGCAGAAGCCUGAGCUACAGACGGUUGAGAACAGCGCGCCCAGCGCGAAGGGGGGCAAAGCUGCACUUGUGCUGUUGCCACUCGAGGUCAUGGUACAGCCGCUGGAAAUGCGCUUCAGGUACCAUUUCGAGGGCGACAAGCCGACCAACCGCCUGGACAAGCCCGAGUAUUUCCUGUCCCACAUCAUUGACUUGCUAAACCAAUUCAAUCCCUUCAUCGUCGACAAUCUCCAGCCCAUUCUACUCAGCCACUUUAGGGGAACGGAUCUAGGUUUGAAUGCUGCGUACAUUGAUGCCACUUCUGCUUUUAUAACUGCUCUUCUCCCAAUGCUGCGUUCCAAAAUCUUCGCGACCCUACCCAAGGUUGCCAACCAACCACAGUUGCUCAGCCACCUCAUGCACGAAAUCAUGAGUUUCGACACCAACUUGAAAGAGGACUGGAGGUAUGACGGCGGCAAUGGAUCCGACGGUUGGAAGGGUCUUGCGUGGGAAGUGCUCGUCACGCAAGACUGGUUUGGCCGGUGGCUCCAGGUUGAGAAAGACUUUGCUCUCACAAGAUACCAAGCCAUCGUCGACAACCCAGAGAGCGGGGAGCUUGAUUACGACAGCGUGGACGCAGGUUCUACGAAACCCACAAAGGGCGCCAUCCGCGUCAACGACCUGCUUGAGACCAUCACAGACCGAUACAGACCAUUGUCUUCAUUCUCUCAGAAGCUUUCCUUCCUUAUCGACGUACAAAUAUCCAUCUUCGACCGUUACCACGAGCGUUUGCACUCCGGUCUGGAGGCUUACCUCUCAUUGACGUCCUCAGUCGGCCGCGCCGUACAAGGCAUAAGCCGCGAAGAGCAAGCUAACCUUCAGGGAGUCGCCGGAUUGGAUCGCCUCUGCCGCGUCUUCGGCAGCGCCGACUACCUCGAACGCGCCAUGCGCGACUGGAGCGACGACGUCUUCUUCCUCGAGCUCUGGGACGAACUGCAAGACCGAGCCCGGCGGCGGCGCUCCCGCAACCUGGCCGGGCCGCUCUCCGUCGCCGACGUGGCUGAGCGCACUUCGAGCGCCGUCGGCUCCGACGACGCGGACGCAACAGGCGCGCUCUUCGACGAGACGGCGGGCGCGUACAACCGGCUGCGCGUGCGCUCCGAGGCCAUCAUCGCCGACCAGCUCGCAUACAACGUGCGCGAGGCCCUGCGCGCCUACCGCGCCAUCAACCCCUGGACCACCCUCUCCUCUUCCAUCCCCUCCGCCGCCGUCUCCGGCCCCACCGCCGCCGCCCCGCACUCAACCGCCACCACCAUCACGGCAGAACUCGAGCCCCUCCUGGCCUACCUCACGUCCUCGCUCUCCUUCCUCGCCCGCGCCCUCGCCCGCGCCCCGCUCCGCCGCAUCGUCCGCGCCGCCUGCCGCGCCGUCGAGCAGGGCUUGUGGGACGGCAUCCUCAUGCGCCACUCGUUCAGCACCGCCGGCGCCGCGCAGCUCGCGGCCGACCUGGCGGCCAUCGGCGAAGUGGUGGGUCGCUGGGCCGGCGAGGGCUGUGCGGCGAGCGGGUUGCGGAAGGUGAGGGAGGGCGUGGCGUUGUUGGGGCUGCCGGUGAAGGGGCGUGGUGGUGGUGGCGGUGGUGGGGAUAGCAGUGGUGAUGAGGAGGAAGGAGUGCAAAGGGUGCUGAGCUUGUGGGAGGUGGAGAAGAGGGUCUUUGCGGAUAAUGAGCAGGCAAGGGAGGUGUUGGAGGAGUUGGGGUUGGAGUGCUUGACGGAGGCGGAGGCGAGAAGUGUGUUGGAGAAGAGGGUGGAGUUGGGGAGUUGA